GGUCACAUGACGAAGAUUGGUCACUGCAUCUUUGCUGGACGUCUGCUCUCGGCGCGGAACAGUGACGCGGACGACGAGCGAUCAUGGGGAAAGCAAAGAAGACAAGAAAAUAUGCAACCAUGAAGAGAAUGAUUAGUCUGCGUGAUCCAAGAAUAAAAGAAAAUGAGAGAGCAAAAUCUAACAAGGUGAAAAAAAAGGACCCCAGUGCCCUGAAAGUAAAAGAAGUGGUGAAAUAUCCUUCUUGUCUGUUCUUCCAAUAUAACACACAGCUGGGUCCUCCCUACUACAUCUUGGUUGAUACCAAUUUCAUCAAUUUCUCUAUCAAGACCAAGCUAGACAUUGUGCAAUCUAUGAUGGACUGCUUGUAUGCAAAGUGUAUACCCUGCAUUACUGACUGUGUGAUGGCCGAAAUUGAGAAAAUGGGACAGAAGUACAGGGUUGCACUCAGGAUAGCAAAGGAUCCACGUUUUGAACGAUUACCCUGCACACACAAAGGAACAUACGCUGAUGAUUGUCUAGCGCAAAGAGUCAUACAGCAUAAAUGUUACAUUGUAGCAACUGUGGACAGAGAUCUUAAGAGGAGGAUCCGUAAAAUUCCUGGGGUUCCUAUUAUGUACAUCUCUAAUCAUAGGUAUAACAUUGAACGAAUGCCAGAUGACUAUGGAGCUCCAAGAUUGUGAAAAGGCAACAUUAUUCUCGUUGUACCAAAGACUCUUGUUCUACAUUUGUCAUAGAUAUUUUUGUUACUAUUUUAAAACAGCUGGUUGUUGUCUGCAAAAGGGGCAGGCUUUUUUUUUAUUUUUCUCCCCUUCCAACAUCCACUCCUAAUGGAUAUUACAAGAAAUGAUUCUGUAACUAACGUAAUGCAAUGCUAUACCCAACCUGUGUAGUGCUUCUUGAAUCCUGAUGAUGAAAUCAGUGCCCUAAAGACAGAAAAUUAUGGCUAACUCCAUUUUGUCUUUCCUCUAAUCCCAACUGGGUGGUCUUUCAGAAUUAGAAACUACCCAAGCGAAAGAUGAGGUGUUGUUCCUCCAAUUUGCGGUGGGACUCGCUCUGGCGAUGGAGGAGGCUGAGGCCAGAAAGGUCGGUUUCAAAAUGGGAGGGGGAGUUAAAGUGCUGAUCCACCGGGAGAUCAGGUUGGUUAUUGCAAACUGGGUAAAGCGAUCGCCAAGCCUUCGCUUGGUCUCACCGAUGUAGAGCAGGUGACACUUGGAACAGCGGAUGCAAUAGAUAAGGUUGGAGGAGGUGCAGGUAAACCAUUGCUAGUAUGUUUUAUACUAAGUUAACUAGUACACCAAGCAGUUGCACAUCAGGUAAAGUAUGGAUGGAUAAUAAAUUAUUGUGAGUUGAGGCCUUGUAAUUAUCGAUGUUUUGAUCUGCGUUCAUACAAUGCUUUGAAGGCAAUCUUGAAACAUUAUAUUAAUAAACUAAUGCUGAAUUUGUGGAUCGCGAUAACAUGUUUUGGAGAAAAUUAUGGGUUUCAUUUGUAUUAAAGACCAUUGUUGAGUAACUUUAACCUCCAAUACAUUGAAAUAAGCACAGGUUAAUUUUAAGUAAGAUUAGAAACCGUUUUCUUCCAUGUUUUUAUGUAGCGGGGGAUAGGGGCUAAUGUCCAAACAGGAGCAAUAUUUGAAAAAUCUUAAUUUCUUCUUUAAUCUGUUAAUAACCUCUGAUCUAUGAAUCCUAUAAAUAGUUUGCCAUUGCACAUCUACUGAAUUUUCUUAUCUGUGAGCAUAGUUAAAUGACGUGUAUAAACGGCAGAUUUCCUGUCCAUUUCUGGCCCUGCUAUGUCGACCUUUCUGCUUCAUGUGUCCUUAGUUUCAGCUGUCCGCCCACAUUUUGUGGCAUGUCCACAACAAAACUGUUUGCAGGAACCUCAGCAAAGGAAGUGGCAAUUGUUGGAAACAAAACAGAAUCACCAUUAGUUCAGCUGAAAAUUCAUAUAUUACCUGAUGUGCAACUGUUUUUUAUAACUAGUUAAUCUAGUAUACUACAUACUAGCGUUAAUUCCCAUUCACUAUGAAAACAUACAUUUCACACAUUAUUGCCCCUUGCAACGGACAAAGUAUGUUCUAUGUAAACUCCUCUCAUGAAGAUUGUGUGUGUGCAUAUGUAUAAUAAAAAUGUUAAUUCAA